AUGGGAGUUGUGAGAAAGCUAUUUUUUCUUUUACUAGCAGCCAAUGCUAUCUUUCUUGGCUACGACUACUAUCAAGGUGGAAAAAUUGCCUUGGACCUCGUCAACAAUGCUCGCAACAUGGAUAAAGAGAAGCUUAAUUUUUACAUCAAUGAAGUCAGUUCACCACAGAAGCUCGCUGGUUAUGUGAAUAGCGCGUUUGCUCAACUCAAAAACAUCAACUCACCUAUGGACAUCGUCAACGCCAUUCGCCAAAAGAGCGGUCAUAGCGCUGCACCUCAGUGGGAAGGUAAUGUUCUCGUUCUCACCGAUGCCAACUUUGAUGCUGUUAUGAAUGGUGCUCAUCCACCUGCUCUUAUUGAAUUCUACGCACCCUGGUGUGGACAUUGUAAAAACUUGGCACCUACUUAUGCUGAGCUUGGUGAUGCCUUUGCUUUGCAGAAAGACAAGGUGUUGAUUGCCAAGUUUGACGCAGAUAGUAAUCGUGAAGUAGCCCAACGUUAUGGUAUUCAAGGCUUCCCUACUUUGAAAUGGUUCCCUCAAGGUGUCACAGGUGCUGAUGAGGUGGAGCAGUAUCAAGGUGGUCGUGAUUUAACAUCUUUGGCUAAUUUUGUUCGUGAUAAGAGUGGUGUUGCUCCUCGUAUCCGUGCUCAAAAGUCUGAUGUCAUUACUUUGAACACCAAGAAUUUCCAUGAUAUCGCUUUGGAUCCCAAGAAAAAUGUGUUUGUUGAAUUCUAUGCUUCCUGGUGUGGUCAUUGUAAGAACCUUGCUCCUAUUUGGGAAAAGCUUGGUACUGCUUUCGCCAACGAAGAAAACUGCGUCAUUGCCAAAAUCGAUGCUGAUAAAGAACGUGAUAUUGGCACUGAAUUUGAAAUUCAAGGCUUUCCUACCAUCAAAUUCUUCCCUGCUGGUGAAAGCGAUCCCAUUUCUUACGAAGGUCCUCGUACUGAAGCCGGCUUCAUUGAGUUCUUGAACGAAAAAUGUGGCACUCAGCGUAAAGUCGGGGGCGGUGUUGAGGCUACCGUCGGACGCAUUCGCGAAUUGGAUGAAUUAGCCAUCCGUUUCAUGAAGGACGUCAAGGAACGUGAACAAAUUCAUAGCAAGGCUGUCGACGUGUCCAAGAAAUUGAAUACACGUUAUGCUAAGUAUUAUGCCAAGAUGAUGGAAAAGAUGAUUGAGAAGGGUGACGUCUUUUUAAACACAGAAAAGGCCCGUUUGACCAAGAUUGCCAGUUCCGAUGAUAUUGUACCUAGUAAGCUUGACGAUUUCAAUAUUCGCCAAAAUAUCUUGGCUGUCUUUGACAAGAAGGCUACUCCUGUCGAGAACUAA